AUGCAUGCAGGCGACAGCGCCGGCGCUAACAUAAUCCACCACUUGGCACUCUGCCGGAGCCGGAGCUCACUGGCAGUGAAAAUUCACGGCCUGGUCAUGAUCCAUCCCUACUUCUGGGGAAAAGACCUGAUCGGGUCAGAGAAGGCGGACGGGGCGAGGAAAGCGAUGGUGGACAACUGGUGGACGUUCGUCUUCCCGUCGAACGAAGGUUGCGACGACCCGUACAUCAACCCGUUUGUGGGCGGAGCCCCACCGAGCGCGGAGGAUCUGAGGUGCCGACGGGUGUCGAUUUUUGUGGCGGAGAGAGACAUUCUCUGCGACAGAGAGAAGGCUUACUAUCGUAGUUUGUCGAGAAGGGAGGAGGGGCAUAAUGGUAAAUUGAGAGUAGAGUUAGUAGAAACAAAGGGAAAGGAUCAUAUUUUCCAUCUUUUUAAUCCGGACUGUGAAGCGGCUACGGGCUUGGUAGAUGAUUGGGCUUCUUUCAUCAACCAUGAAUGA